AUGCUCUUCUCUACCAUCACUUGGGCACUCUUCGCCUGCGGCCUUGGCGUUUCUGCUGCUUCGAACUCCAAUGAAUCAUCUCCGAUCGUUCCCUCCAAGCCAGGCCUUGAGUACUUUAAUCCUUUAUCGACCCCUCAGCUCAAGCUGGCUUUCACCGCCAAGAUUGAUUGGGACUUGAAUAACAAUCACACAAUCGAAACCCCCUCCGGGAUACAGACCAGCUUUUGGAGCCGCGAAGGCUACUGGUACGAUACAAAAGGUCAGCUGAUUGGUGAGAUCCUUCGGGCCAACGAUGAUGGUAUUGUUCCUCCCGGAACCAACUAUCUUGAGCUUGUUAUCUACUACGUUGUCAGGCUCGAGGAUGGCUACUGGGCCUAUGUCAAGCACACUGGCGUUGCCGUGAUUCGCAAAUCUCAGAAUGGUGUUGUUCGUGUACAAACCGCGUCUCCCAAGUACGACUGGCUCAACAUGAUCGACUUUGUAGCUCCUGGCACUUUUAACGGGACCGAGAUCAUGACUGUACAACACUAUUUUCCUAACUCCAAGCUGCCCGGCAAUUGA